GAAUGGUUUUAACGUCUCGCGCAUGUGCAGAAAAUGCAUCGAAAUUAAAAAAAAGCAUCGGAAACCUUUCGCGCGCUUUUUUGACAGUGAUUUUUUUUUUUCAAGUGCCGUUUUGAAAUGUGAUAGUGAUUUAAAAAUUGGAAUUUUUUUUUUGGACAGUUUUUCUUCAUUUAUUUAGGGGCAUCGAAUGUGUAACGUUACAUAAUGGGCCAUAAGCAAUACUUGGCCGUGGGCCAGUCGGCCCGGAACCGGCUCUUCGGGAUACCAAACAAGAAACCAGUACCGCUGAAUAUGUUGAUAUCGCAGCAGGGGAAAUUAAAUCAUGGUCGCCUCGCAGUAAUUACAUUCAGCAUAUGCACAGUGGUUCUGGGCGUGAUAUUAUCCUUCGUGCCCUGGCUUGACUAUAUCAUAUUUAGGGAAUUGAAAUUGUGGAAUGGUUCGCUGAGCUACAGCUACUGGCAGCGUCCUGGCGUGAUGAGACUCACCAAGGUGUACAUUUUCAAUGUUACGAAUCCGCAAGGAUUUUUGGAGAACGGCGAAAAGCCUAAGCUGAAUGAAGUCGGUCCAUUUGUUUACAGGGAAGAUAUGGAAAAGGUGAACAUAAAAUUUCACGACAACGACACUGUGACCUACCAGCAUAAUAAAAUUCUAAAAUUCGUUCCGGAACUAUCCGUCGACAAGACGCAGAAACUCGUCGUGCCGAACAUACCUCUUCUGACAGUUACCUCAUUCUCACCAAACCUCGCGGGCUGGCUGUUCAACUUGCUCGUUUCUGGUUUAGCAAUUACGUACAGAGAACGAGCCAAACCGUUUGUACACGUUACAGCUGAAGAACUUGUUUUUGGUUACAACGAUCCCCUAGUCACUUUGGCGCACUAUUUCUACCCCAAAGGAAAGCGGCCGAACAGUCAAAUGGGACUUUUACUUGCCAGAAACGGAACACUGGACGAAGUAUCAACGAUUUACACGGGUCAGGACAUGGAGAAGUUCGGAUACUUGGACAAACUUAAUGGCCUGGACCAUCUGCCAUACUGGCCUGAGAGUCCUUGCAAUAACAUAAGAGCGUCUGAAGGUUCGUUCUUCCCACCAAAACUGAUUGCUAAGAACGAAAUAAUCUACGUGUACGACAAAGACCUGUGCCGGAUUAUGCCUCUCAAGUUCAGGAAAAAUGUUUACAAAGAAGGCAUUCAAGCAGGUCUUUACACGCCGCCGAGUAAUUAUUUAGAAAAUGCGGAAGUGAAUCCAGAUAAUAAAUGCUACUGUCAGGGGGAAAAGUGCCCUCCGAGAGGGUUACAAAACAUAAGCCCGUGUCAAUAUAAUGCUCCAGUCUACUUAUCCUAUCCUCAUUUUUAUGAUGCGGAACCGUCACUCUUAGAACCCUUUGAAGGUCUCAAACCAGACAAGAAAAAACAUGAAAGCUAUGUUUUACUACAACAAAAAAUAGGUGUACCCAUCGAAGCUCAAGUGAGGGUCCAGCUCAAUCUGAAAGUUGACCAAGCUCCAAACAUCAGGGUCAAUAAUAUUCACAAAUUUCCCGACAUCAUAUUCCCCGUGAUGUGGGCUCAAGAAGGUAUAGAUGGCAUCCCAACAUCAAUAUGGAAGUGGAUUUUCUUGGGUACAACGUUUGGUCCAAUCGUAGCACCGAUUAUAUCUUAUUCGUUAAUAAUAAUAGGUCUCGGGAUAUUAAUAAAUGUAUUCAUAAAAGCGUACAAAAGCUUUGUAAUAGGACAAAACUCUUUAGAAAUUGUAGAAAUAGGUCGCGAAACGAUCAGGCGUGGUUCGACGCUAAUUAUAAAUGGUUCGCACAAACUUUUACCCAAUAAAGAGGCGUCGUACCAGCCUUUGAACCAAUCCAAUCCAAAUAUUCCUCAUAGCAGUCGAGAGGUGAAGUUACAAGAGUUAAAUUAUAUAAGUAGAUCAGAUAAUAUAAGCACGAGUAUCGACGAAUUGAAAUCGAUUCUAAAUAGAGAUUUCGUGAAAGCGAAUUUCACAGAAACUGAGCGAGAAUCGUUAAUACAUUCGGAUAACACUUUUAUAAUGUCCGAACAUCGUCGGAGUAGGAUAUACAAAGUAACUGAUAGUUAUUAGUGUUUAAUAUACUUUUACAGCGUCCAAUGAACAUAUUUUUUGUAACUAAUCCGUUAUUUCUACUCGUUUCGAUAUUUGACACUUUCUGUCAUCGUGACGUAAGCUGUCAAAAAUGACACGAGAUAUUUAACAUUAUCUGUGUCGACUUCUAAAA